AAAUUUAAAAUUCCCCUUUUCAUCCUCCUGUUUUCUCCAUCCCCAACCCUUGUCCUUUUUCUCCUUGAUCACCUCCCAUUUGUUCCAAAGUUUUUGGCACCCCACAUUUCUCUUGAAUAUUUUUUUACCAUACGAGGAUAACAUUUCCAUCUCUUUUUUCUUGGUUUUUCCACCCAUUUCACCUGAAAAUCUCCAUAUUAACUUGAGUUGGAAGAGAUCUGAGAUUUUUGGGGUUUGAAUGCUUACAAAACCCUCCUUUUAUUUUCUUGAUUCUUGUGUGAUUUUCUUAAAGAUUGAAUUUUGUUUGUGGUAGAUCGCUGUUUUUCUUCAAUUUCGGAAGCCCAUUUGGCUGAUAGAUCCAAAAGGUGGGAAAAGUUCAAGAACUGAAGGUUUAGUUGAGGAAAAUUUAAACUUUGAUCAAAAGAGAAUAUAGAUUGAUCAUUGUCUUUAUUCUGCUCAAAUCUUGAGAUCCCUUGUUUGAAAGAUUGAAAAUUAAGGGUCGAAUUUUUUAGCAUUAUGGGAAAUUGCUGUGCUGUACCAAAAACGUCCGACGAGGUAAAAAAGGGGAAACACAAACCGAACCCCUUUGCUGAUGAUUAUGGUGUUAAACAAGCAAUACCUAAUGGGGGAUUCAAAUCCUACGUGUUAGAUAAUCCAACAGGCCAUAAUAUUGAGCAGUUCUACGAGCUCGGGCGUGAACUAGGUCGUGGUGAAUUUGGGGUUACAUAUUAUUGUACAGAUAAAACUAGUAGGGAAGUUUUUGCUUGUAAAUCGAUAUCAAAGAAGAAGUUGAGAACAAGAGUGGAUAUUGAGGAUGUAAGAAGAGAGGUCGAGAUCAUGAAAAAAUUGCCUAAGCAUCCUAACAUUGUAACUUUGAAGCAUACAUAUGAGGAUAAUAAUGCAGUCCACAUAGUGAUGGAGUUGUGUGAGGGUGGUGAAUUGUUUGAUAGGAUUGUUGCUAGAGGACAUUAUACUGAGAGAGCUGCCGCUGCUGUUACUCGAACAGUUGUUGAAGUUAUUCAGAUGUGUCAUAAGCACGGGGUCAUGCAUCGUGAUCUUAAACCUGAAAAUUUUUUGUUUGCGAAUAAGAAGGAAGUGUCUCCACUGAAGGCUAUUGAUUUUGGGCUGUCAGUUUUCUUCAAGCCUGGUGAGAGAUUUAAUGAGAUUGUGGGAAGUCCUUAUUAUAUGGCUCCUGAGGUGCUGAAGAGAGACUAUGGUCCAGAAGUCGAUGUUUGGAGUGCUGGUGUGAUUCUGUACAUCUUAUUGUGUGGUGUUCCACCGUUUUGGGCAGAAACUGAACAAGGAGUUGCCCAGGCAAUCAUUCGAUCUGUUGUGAAUUUUAAAAGGGACCCUUGGCCUAAGGUUUCUGAUAGAGCGAAGGACCUUGUGAAGAAGAUGCUCAACCCUGACCCCAAGCAGCGGCUAACAGCGCAGGAAGUUCUAGAUCAUCCUUGGUUACAAAAUGCGAAGAGUGCUCCAAAUAUUUCGUUGGGUGAAACUGUGAGAGCAAGGCUCAAACAAUUUUCAAUGAUGAACAAACUGAAGAAACGAGCUCUUAGGGUGAUCGCUGAGCACCUGUCAGUGGAGGAAGUGGCAGGCAUAAAGGAAGCAUUCAAAUUGAUGGAUACGGGUAAUAAAGGGAAGAUUGACAUUAAUGAGUUGAGAAUCGGGUUGCAAAAGCUUGGUCAUCAGAUCCCGGAUGCAGAUCUUCAAGUUCUUAUGGAAGCCGGUGAUAUUGACAAGGAUGGAUAUCUUAACUGUGGAGAGUUUGUUGCUAUUUCUGUACACUUGCGGAAGAUGGGCAAUGAUGAGCAUCUACGUAAAGCUUUUGAAUUCUUCGAUAGAAACCAAAGUGGGUAUAUAGAGAUUGAGGAGCUAAGGGACACCUUUGCUGAUGAGGUCGAGAGCACCAGUGAAGAAGUUAUCAAUGCCAUUAUUCAAGAUGUAGACACGGACAAGGAUGGACGUAUAAGUUAUGAUGAGUUUGCUGCAAUGAUGAAGUCCGGUACGGACUGGAGAAAGGCUUCAAGACAGUAUUCAAGAGAACGUUAUAAUAGUCUCAGCUUGAAACUGAUGAAGGACGGAUCAUUACAAAUGAGCAACGAGGGUAGAUAACUUAAAGACGAAUGCAGAUUUUUUUCUUAUCCCAGAUACGGAUUCUUAAAUGCAGCAAAAUAGUACGUUCUUUUUUUUCUGACAAGUAUCUCUCAUUUUAUUUUAUUUCUGCACGUUUUUUUUUUUUUUUUUGCUUGCACGAUCCCUUCUGUUGAAUGUUUUGUAGGGCCUCGUGUUCAUCUUUUGUUCAUCGCAAUCGUGUUGCUUUAUUUGUUUGAGGGAUUGAAGGAAUUUGGAGAUAAUUAUUUGUAAUUGUAAAUAUGCUGUCGUUCAUUCUAUUAAUCUAUCCUUGAACAACCAUUUUUGGUGCUUAGCACUCGUCUAUGAGUUAACUUGUUUAA